AUGGACACCCCGUACGCCGACUUUGGAGGAAAGACAAGUUCCAAAAGUUUGGCCUUGUUCCUAGUCAUUCUCAGCCUUGUAGGCUACAAGCUCUGGAAACGCCAGAUCCGGCUUAAGGAAGAAGAUCAAUAUGCGGCGCAGAUGGGAUGCAAAGCACCACGGAGAUGGGCAGCGAAGUGGCCACAAGGUUUGGAUCUGCUACUCAAGGUGGGGCAACACGCAAGAGCGCAAACCAUCCUACAAUUCUUCUUGGACGUAGUGGAGUCUAGCGGUCCAACUCAUGAACAGCAGUUGCUCGGAUCUCGCGGAAUUAAUACUGUUGAGCCACGCAACAUUGAAGAGAUCCUCUCUACUCAGUUUGAAGACUUCAGCCUUGGACUCCGACCCAAGCAUUUCGCCCCGUUAAUGGGAAGCGGUAUCUUCACCCAAGACGGUGCAGCAUGGAAGCACUCGCGAGCGCUUCUCCGGCCUCAAUUUACUUCUAAUCGCUUUCAGAACUUCGAGGAGAUGAAGAAGUCAGUCGAGAGCCUCAUCGAUCAUAUUCGUCCUGAUAGCAUAGUCGAUCUACAACCGUUGUUUUUCCGUUUGACUUUUGACACGACAACAUUCCUCCUCUUUGGUAAGACAUUGAGCUCUUUGCAAAGCAGCGACAUUGCUGGACAAGAGUCGGAGUUUGCAGCAGCUUUCAACUUAGGCCAAGACUAUCUAUCACAUCGUGGUAGGUUGGGAGACUUGUACUGGCUCGCGAACACGCCCGAGUUCUGGCGGGCCUGUAAAACUUCUCAUCGGUUCGUUGACGACGCAAUCCAGAAUGCACUAAAUAACUCCAAGCCUGAGAAGGUAGAAGACGAGGAUAAAAAGCAUUACGUAUUCAUCGAUGCGCUCAUUCAGGAAACCCGGAACAAAAAAGAACUCCGCGAUCAGUGUCUCAAUGUCCUCCUGGCUGGCAGAGAUACGACCGCAUGCUGCCUAACCUGGACCUUACGCUUGCUAGCUCGUCACCCUCAGGUUUUGGAAAAGUUGCGUGCGGAGGUAGAGGCCGUAGUAGGCCUUGGAGACAAUGCGCCUCAGCCAACUCGGGUGGACUUAAAGAAGAUGAGAUACCUUGAUCUGGUCCUGAAAGAAGUACUUCGCCUCUACCCAUCGGUGCCGGUCAACUCCCGUGCAGCACUCAAGACGACGACGCUUCCUGUCGGGGGAGGCCCGGAUGGAAAGUCUCCAAUACUGGUAAGAAAAGGCGAGGCCGUCGGGUAUUGCGUGUACGCUAUGCAUCGCCGCACAGAUAUCUACGGCGAUGACGCACUCGAGUUCCGUCCCGAAAGGUGGGAAGAUGGAACGUUAUUGCGCGAUGUGGGUUAUGGGUAUCUACCCUUUAAUGGCGGACCGCGAGUAUGUUUAGGCCAGGAGUUCGCCCUGCUAGAAGCGGGAUACACCGUAGCGAGACUGGUGCAGAAAUUCCCCUUCAUGACUGUCCCGCAGGACGACCCUGUUGUCGCACCUGGAAAAGAAAAGCAAACGCUGACGUUGGUGGUUGCUUCGGGAGAUGGAUGCCGUGUACACAUGCGCUCAUAG